UGUUUUAAUACCUCAGUUACUGUGCUGUGCCACGGUAAAUAUAUGUUAUCCACUAAACUCAUGUAAAGCUGCACUGUCCUGAAAAGGGAAAUUUUUGUAAUCGAGGUUUCAAUGAACGCUUGUUUUUGCUUAUUUGUAGUUAGGGUUAAUUAUUUACACCCUCCCAUCCUCCCUACCAGUAAGUGACUUCUAAGUAAUGUCCUUAUCAGACAAACAGCAAAAAACGUUUUUAACGAUAACACAAUAGCAGCAUAUGAUCCUAAUACUAUCCCACGGAUACAAAUCCAUUUGAGGAAAAUACCUGGCUACUGUGACUGAGAUAUCUGAGUAAGGCAUGUGUCAUCCCCCCAAAAAGUAACUUUUACUUUUAAUUGACUGUCGCUAAACAAAUCUAAAACACGUAGAAUAAGCUUUGUCUUCACAAAAAUUAAACCAGAUUCCACAGACGCACCUCCUUGACGUUCCACACAAACACACUACCACUGCUUCAAGAGUUAGAUUGGAUGGGGGGAGGCUUGACCUCUGCCCUGAAUAAUCCUCAGUCAUGGCUCGUACGUAACACAGAUUUAGCUGAGGAUUUAAGAGCCAAGUUAUUAUGCGUGGCUUCACCCCGCUCUUCUUACUUGAUUCUUGGGGGAAAUGGCCAGAAAGACAAUGCGAGGGCAGCGGACGCUUCCCACACUGCCGAGUCAAGACACAGCUGGAGAAGUGGCAGCACCAAGACAUAAGAAGAAGAGGGCGAAAAAGGAGACGAAUGGAGUUGAUGAUGUGGACGGGGACGGAGAUACGGGCUCUGGGCAGCAGGAGGUCAUCAGAGGUCGGAGAGGAACUUUCCCUCGAGCCCACAACUGAAGCAGCGUCACAGAAGAGGAGGAAGAAAAAGAAAACAGCCACUAUAGAUCUUGAAGAUGACCAAGCCGAUCUGGUGAACGGAGAUGCAGCAGAUCAGACCACAGACGGAGAGGAAGUGAUCAAAAAACCCAAAAGGAAAAAGAAGUCGAAACUCAUUGAAUCACAGCUUCCUGAUGAGCUGGACGUAGAGGAGGACGAUAUUAUCACAGACACGCCACCGCCUAUCGCCCAGCAUUCCCUGUUCUCGGCCCCGAAGGGUCAGAGCCAGCCGGUCGGGAAGGUUUUUGUGGAGCGGAACAAGCGCUUCCAGGCUGCGGAGCGUUCCGAGUGGAGGAAGACCAGCGGCCAGAUGGAUAACAUGACGGACUUCCAGCACAUGCAGCCGCUCUGGACCACGAGAGACGUUUCUAUCAGAGUGCACAAAGGCUACAGUCUCUCCUCUCUUCUGUGUCUGCUUCAGGAGGUUUGGUUUCUUCUGUCACGGCUUCCUGGCAGGCUACGCCGUGUGGAACGUGGUGGUGGUGUACAUGUUGGCCGGGCAGCACCUCACUGCUCUGUCCAACCUGCUGGAGCAGUACCACAGCCUGGCGUACCCCUCCCAGUCUCUGCUCUACAUGCUCCUGGCCAUCAACACUGUGGCCGCCUUCGACAGGUUGAAUCUGGCCAAAGGCUCCAUGGCUCUGCAGGAGCUCAUCACACUGGACCCUGUUGCUCUCGCCUCGUUCUUGGAUUUCUCAGCACUUGUCCUCUGUUUGAGCCAGCAGAUGACCAGCGAUCGCAUCAACCUAUACCCAUCCCUCAACACAACGUUAUGGCCACCGGGUUCGGAGCACCAGAUCCUCCACCCAUGGGUGACGGUCAACCUGGUGGUGGCGCUGUUUGUUGGCCUGGCCUGGCUCUUACUUGCCACCCAACCUGAGACAGACUACACAGAGGGUUAUCUGAUUGCCAUGGAGAUCGAGCCGCCAAAACCAGAGGACAAAUCAGAAAUGACUGCCUGAGGAACAUGACUGUGUAUCUGCUGUGACAUCACAGCUUUGUUGUCAUUUUGCACAUAUUUUCGCAUUGGCAGUGAACCUUGACUGCGUUGUACUGUAUUUUGUAUGUAUUUUUUUUAUUUUAUAUGUGUUAUUUUAAAUACAGGGUUUCAUCCAACAAAUCCCUAACCCUAACCCUAAAUUAAUUUUCUUGAGGGGAGAGUUCUAAACAAAGAAGUGGCGGUUGUUGUCAUGAUCGAUUCCAUCCCUAUCGAUUAGUUUGCUCUGUCUGCUCUCCAGACUGGGCAAGUAGAACACAGAACGACCUCCUUACCCUGCAAUUUGAAUUGACGUGUUGACGUGGUGCCGCAGACUUCAUAGUUUGGGUGGAAAUAUCCACUUAUCCGCGAGCAAGAGUUGGUCAAGACAGUGCUGUUGAAAGCGAGCAGUCAUGCUGGACUUUGCCAUCUUUGCCGUCACAUUUGUCAUCAUCUUAGUCGGCGCUGUGCUCUACUUGUACCCGGUAUGUCUCUGCAACUCUCAAGCUAGCUUCGAUCUUAGCCACUCGGCUAGCCGUUAUCUCGAGGAACGGUCACGCCAGUCUCCGCCUUGAAAUUGUAAAAUGUAAUGUUGCCCCUCUCCCUGCCAAGCGAAAACAUACUUUCUGAGCCACUUUAGGGGGUUAUACAGAAUCUAUAUGAUCGUGUUCUUAUUUCGGCUUCCGUCAAGCACACCAAAGAGAAAUCUGUUUCAGUGAAACACAACUUUAAUAGUUCGCGGUGGGCGGCAACGAGCGCUCGUCUUCUUGGCAACAUGAGUGAAUGAAGUGGCAUUAUUGAAAUCUAACUCUGCAAAAGCAGGCCACUUGUCCGCCGAUGUUAUGUGAGGGAUGACAUUGUUGAUGUUUAAAAGUGUGUGUGUUUUGUCUUAAAGCUAAGAAGCUUAUUUUUUAAAAUGGGAUUCCCUACAAGCUGGAUGAGCGAGGCCGAUUUGAAUAAAGUCUGUGAGCUCCUGUGUAGAAAGUGCA